CCCCUUUGCUUUGAACAGUGUAUAAAUUAUAAACAAACAUAGUAUCGUGUUUACUCAUGGAAAUUAACAACGUAACUAUUUUUUUGGGCGGCUAUAGACAACUAUCAUAUGACUCUGGAUCAGCUUGAACGUUUUCAUUGGUCCAAAAACAAAACAAACUUGUCAAUCAUAAGACACGUGUUACCGAUCUUGCAUGCGUUGUUUUGGUUGUGAACUAAACCGCCAUGUUUUAGGUAGAAAACAAGUCUUAAAGUUUAUUUACAAGACGCUUGUAAUUGGUGUUUAAUUUAUAUAUGUUUUUUAUAAAUCAAAUACAAGUAUAGUCGCUCAAAUAAUUGAUACAUCAAUUCACGAUAUAUGAUUUCUAUGGAUCUACUUCUUCAAGCAGCAAAGGUUUUGGAAUUGGAAAAUUCGGGCAUCGGAUCUAAUCGAGCUUCGGCCAAAUCCACACGUGGAAUACAAUUUCACCAUUAUGCAAAUUCCAGAGGUGAAAACAGUGAAAAUUCUGAUGGUUCAAACAGUUGUGUUGGUGGUAGUGAAGAUGAAAUAUCUUUGCCCUCAAGGAGGAGAGCAGGAGGAUCAGGCACAAGAGAAGCUCACAACCAACUUGAAAAAAACAGGCGAAGACAGCUGAGGGAAUGCUUCAACCAUCUCCAACAUUGUAUACCAUCUCUAGAGAAUAAGAGAGUUGCUACACAAUCCAUUCUACAGGGAGCCAUCAAGUACAUUAAGAAUCUGAAAAAGAAGGAUGUUGAACAAGAAAGAGAAAUUCAGAUGCUGGCAAACAGAAAAAGUGAGCUAAAAAAACUAUAUGACAUCGAGGUGAAGAACAGCUCAGAAGAGUCAGCAUCUUACCUUAAUGUCUUGAGAGCAGAAGAUGGUCACACAUCUGACUCAACCACAACGGCCUCAGAAGGCCCAGAUUACAGUGAUGACGAAAGGAAAGUUGUUGAAGCAACAUGCCCGACCAACACAAAAGUGGAAGGAUCAAGAAAGAGAAAGCUUGGACCAAGAGCUGCAUUAGUGUCCAAUUCAAUAGUGCCUAGUGUGAGCCUGUCAAGUGGCAAGAUAUCAACUGUAUCCUCAUCAUCCCUAGCAUUGAAGCAUAUGUUGGAGCAAAGGAAAAAGAAUCAGAUAACAAGUGCAGCUCAAGCUAAAGCCAGAGCAAUGUAUGAGCCUGUGUCAAGCAAAUGUAGCAGCUCGUUAAAGUCAAGUUAUCCCAUGAUAAGUACUCACCUCUCAUCAGUGCUCAAGCCAGUGUCUUCCACAAUUGGGCUGCCUCAGGUGGGGACCUCAGCUAAUCUUCAUGGCUAUGCCAAAACUCUUCAAGUCUCGUCUGCUGGCAAACGCAGGAACUCUAGUCAGUCCUCUGCUCUGGUGCUUUCAUCAGCUAACAUGGCAGCUGGUGCAGCAUCCAGCUCUCAAAAAACUUGUUCCCCAGUUGGGCACUCAAACAAAGAAGUAAAAGCUGGAGAAACUCUGCAAAUAGACCCUGUCAGUUCAGCAAACUUCCUGGCUAACACCGGCCCAUUAAACAUGCAGUCUCUAGCUGCACUGGCCCAGCCACUGGACGGCACAUUCUCCAAGCUGCUCCCCACCAUGAUCCCAGUUUCCCUGACUUCGUUCAUGCGAAACAUCUCACUGAACAAUACACAGAUGACAGCCAGCACACACUCAACACCCACCCACUCUGCCUCCAGACCAUCCUCAUCCAGCAACCUGAGCAACAAGACUCCCCCAACUCUGACAGCUAACCUAGUGUUUACAAGUACAGACACAAGUGACCAGCUGGCUGCCGUCCCAUUGGCCAGCAAUGCGCGGAUAGCUACGUUACUAGCAGCGCCCUCUGUGAAUAAAAGUGUAAUGAAAGGGGGCUCUCCAGUGAAGCCCACAGCACCACCAUCCUUACAUGAGACCAGAGUGACCUUGACCCCCACAUUACUGACCUGUGGCCACUUGGCCUCAAACAGCUCUCUAGCACCAGGGGCUCCCCUGAGAUUCUUCACACCAUUCCCUCACAAUACAAUAAUGCCAACCUCCCUGGCCAACGCUCAGGCUACAAUGAUGCCUACUGUGGUACAGCUUGGAACAUCUGGCCAGGUGGCACUUCUACAGAACCUGAUUCCUGCACAGCACAUGCAAGCCUCUCAUCAUCUUAUAGGUCAGCCCAUCGUAGUCAUGGCAACACAGGGUGCAAGUUUUAAUGUUUCUGCUGCUGGUGGCUCCAGUUCCGAUUUGUCUAAUGCUUCUUCACUCUUAUAGCUUCCCUAGAGAUGGGCACUGAUCUACAUAGAACUUCUUCACUCUUAUAGCUUCCCUAGAGAUGGGCACUGAUCUACAUAGAACUUCUUCACUCUUAUAGCUUCCCUAGAGAUGGGCACUGAUCUACAUAGAACUUCUUCACUCUUAUAGCUUCCCUAGAGAUGGGCACUGAUCUACAUAGAACUUCUUCACUCUUAUAGCUUCCCUAGAGAUGGGCACUGAUCUACAUAGAACUUCUUCACUCUUAUAGCUUCCCUAGAGAUGGGCACUGAUCUACAUAGAACUUCUUCACUCUUAUAGCUUCCCUAGAGAUGGGCACUGAUCUACAUAGAACUUCUUCACUCUUAUAGCUUCCCUAGAGAUGGGCACUGAUCUACAUAGAACUUCUUCACUCUUAUAGCUUCCCUAGAGAUGGGCACUGAUCUACAUAGAACUUCUUCACUCUUAUAGCUUCCCUAGAGAUGGGCACUGAUCUACAUAGAACUUCUUCACUCUUAUAGCUUCCCUAGAGAUGGGCACUGAUCUACAUAGAACUAAACUUUCCAAUCCAAAGGUUGCUAGCAGCAUGAAUUGAUGAUUUGGGGGGGGGGGGGGGGGCUAAUAGCAGCACAAAUUGAUGAUGGUGGUCUGCUGCAGCACAACUAGCUGACUACACAAGUAUUGAUAAUCUCAGAGCCACACAACAUACUAGCCAGUUGGCUUAAACUGUGAUUUCUAUGGUGCCAUAACUAUCCUACAGAUUCAGACCAGGUAGUAACACAAGUUGGUACGUGCCUUGGAUAUUUAUCCAUAGUACUAGUACAAGUUACAUGGCUAAGAGUUGAUUUCUUCAUUGUACAUUGACCAUCUAUUUAUUAUAUGUUGUGUUUCACUCUGAUCUCAUUCACAUAAACAAGCUUUUAGAUCUAAAUCUGUUUUUCUGUCAACAUAUCUACAGAACUAUCUGAUACAGCUAACCUUGAAGGUUUCUUUAAAUUUGUAAUAUUCUGUUCCAAUCAGAUGCCCCUGUUUUCUCAACAAGUUUUCAUGUUCCACAAGUUCUUUAUAUAUUUUUUGGACUUAAUUUUGGUUAAAAAAGAAAGAAAAAAGUAACUGCAGUACUGGCUGGUUAUCUGAAGACCAGUCAGUACUCUUAGAUGUUUUGUAUGUCUAGCUUACACUUACACCAUUCCCUGUCCACUUUUAGAUCCUAUCUAUGUAUUUCAUUUUAAGUAGUAUUGCAUAGAAGUGCUUUCACUUGAUUUAUUACAUUUAUUUGUAUUAUUCAUCAAGUUACCUAUAAUAAUCGUGUCAAUGUUAAAUGAUGUUUAUUUAAAAUUCCUGUGAUACUCAUUUCAUCCUACUAUUAGUGUUGUAAAUAAAAUAAAAUAUGUACAUACUACUAUUCCAUUGUUCCAAUUACCAGACUAUAACCACACCUUACCAAUUCUUGUUAGGGGUCAUCCAUUUAUGACGUCCACAAAAAUUUUGAAUUUUAGACACACCCCAUCUAAAUAGCUACAAAAUAUUAAAUAUUUGAUUUUGUAUUGAUUAGUAUUUUUCUGCCUUAAGUUAAAUAUUCAAAAUAUUUUUUAAACUGAAGAUGCAGUGGACCAUUUUAAUGUCAUUUGUUUAGCUAUUAACGAUUAGAUGGGUUAGGGUAAAUUCGUGACGUUAUUAU